ACUACUGUAAACAUGGCGGCGUCCUCAUCAGCAGGACGCGUUUUGACUCUUUGCAAGCAGUUUCAAAAUGUGAUGAGGAUAUGUUCAGCGGUAAAGACUCAGCAGCACUGUGCCGUUAAUGCGACCCAAUACCUGAAUCGAAUUUACAGGGAAAAGUCUACACUUGCUGCCCUUUCUUGGUGCAGUCCAACAAGCUCUUUGAGUCAGUACCGAGCUCUGCACACAACCAUCAGCAGAAGAGGACUGGAAGAGUUUUUUGACCUCCCUGAGAACUGGGGAGAGACCAAUGUGAAGUCAGGUGCUCCAUGGACUGCAAAACAUCUGAGAACUAAGAGCAAUGAGGAUUUACAUAAACUCUGGUAUGUGCUGCUGAAAGAAAGGAACAUGCUGCUGACAAUUCAGCAGGAAGCAAAAAGGCAAAGGGUUCAGAUGCCAAGUCCAGAAAGGUUAAGGAAGAUUGAACGUUCCAUGAUCCGGUUGGAGACAGUGGUCACUGAGAGAGAGACGGCUUUGCGUCUGCUGCAGACAGGACAGGAAAAAGGCCGACCAGGCGCCUGGAGGAGGAAUCUUUUUGGGCAUGUCUACUGGUAUCGAUUCAAAGAGUAUGCAAUUCCUUGGUACAUGAAUAAAAGAUAUAAGCGAAAGAAGUUCUACACACCAAAGUUUGUCCAACCACACAUGAGACUGCGUUGGGAGAAUAGCCUCCGGAAUAGGAUCAGGAGAGCAAACUUGAAGAAGCAAAAAGAGGCCAAACUGAGGGAGAAAUUCCCUCAAAUGAAGGUCUCUUCAUUAUGAAAUUACAGGCUCUCAUUGUACAACUGUCACAUGUUUCAAGAAAAAAUGUCCUUUCCUCUUCUUAUUGAUAAGUAUAUACAUGGCAGUCUGAGUCAUGGCAAUUAAAAUAACCGAGUGUCUUGUCAUCUUUAUCUGCGUUUAGAUUUAUUUGUCCAGCUGUUUGGUUGGUACUACAGGAUAAAUUAUGCUAUGCCCUAAAAACACACCAGAUAGUGUGGGGAGGAUUUUAGUUAUUGUUGAGUAUCAUGUGACCUUGGAUAAUCUUUCAAAUAAAAUAUUCAUUACCCA